AUUGUAACCUGUUAAAAGAAAUGAUCAUCACGCCUCAUGAGUUCACUACAACCAAACAUACUAAAAUAUUAAGAAAAGAUCAUCACGUUCAUCUUCUUCUAUAUAAAGAAAUGAUCAUCACGUUCAUCUAUAUAAAGAAAAGAUCAUCACGUUCAUCUUUUUGUUUUUACUAUAAUGGAGAGUUAAAAACUUUUGUUAAAAAACUUUAAUAUUAUCAUUAUCUCAAAAGUACAUGGAGAGUUAAAAACUUUUGUUAUUAUUAUCUGACCUUUUAAUAUUUUGUAGAUAAUUUUAGAUAAUUCAAUAAAAAUGUGAGAAAAUUUUCUAGAUAAUUAUUGGACGAAAUUAUUGUCUAGAUAAUUUUAGAUAAUUCAAUUUUUAAUUAUUUUCUAGAUAUGUCAUCAUCUUCAUCCGAUGAAGUCGAUGAAAGAUUGGACGAAAUUUGUGAAGAAUACGUAGAAGAAAUAUACAACGACAUUGUGGAGGCCCAAACCAUACCGCAAAGGACACGUGCAUAUGUAGAACGACACCGCGAAGGAGGACAAGACCAAUUAUGGAAUGAUUACUUCAGCGAAAAUUCGACUUUCUCGACUCAAUUAUUCAGACGCCGUUUCCGCAUGAAUAAGGAAUUAUUCUUGCGUCUUGUUCAUGGCCUAGAAGCGUCCUUUCCAUUCUUUCAGCAAAGAAGAGAUGCAACCGGCAGGUGGAGUCUUACUGCACUACAAAAAUGUACUGCAGCUAUUCGUCUGCUCGCUUAUGGUACCGCGGCCGACACCGUUGACGAAUAUCUGCGACUUGGUGAGACCACUGCACUUUCGUGUUUACAUAAUUUUAAUUCAAAAUAUUUGGAAUAAAUUUGGUGAAGAAGAUUAGAAAUUAUUCUAUCUUUAUGUAAAAUUAAUGUUCUUUUCUUUAAUUGUUGUCUUUUUAUGUUUAAUUAAUGUAUUUUAUGUUUAAUUAUGGAAUUUUAUGUUUAAUUAUGGAAUUUUUUGUUUAUUUAUUAUAUUUAGUCAUCCAAUAUAUAUAAAUUAUAUUUCACAACAAAUUUUUUUUUUUUUUUGUAAGGAUCCCAACUUCGGACUCACCAUUGUACAGCUAUUUUUCACAAGAGUCCUUAACAAUUAAAAAAAAAAAAAAAAAAAAAAAAAAAGAUUAAUCUAAUCCUAAGGACUCCACAAUGGGUAUCACCAUUGUGGGUGCUCUUACGGACCACAACGUUAAUAAAUGCCCUUUAUAACUUUACUUCUUUCGUUUGUCAAGUUGUUCAUAUUAAGAGCGUCCGCAACGGGGGUUCAUCCCGAAUCCUUAACGCUAAAGCAUAUCGAUCGUCGGAGAGAUAUUUUCCCGUCGAAGAAAAUGAGGAUUGACGAUAACGAAGGCGUCUCAGCUUCCAGCAAGCACCUGGUCUUCGCUUACUACGUCACUGGACACGGCUUCGGUCACGCCACCCGCAUCGUCGAGGUUGUCCGUCACUUGAUCGCGGCCGGGCACGACGUUCAUGUCGUCAUCGGCGCGCCUGAUUUUGUCUUCACGUCCGAGAUUCAGUCUCCUAGGCUAAAGAUUCGAAAGGUUCUUUUGGACUGUGGAGCUGUGCAAGCUGAUGCUCUGACUGUAGAUCGUCUUGCCUCCUUAGAAAAGUAUGUGGAAACAGCUGUGAUUCCUCGAGCUGAAAUCUUGGAAACAGAAGUGGAGUGGCUUCAUUCUAUCAAAGCUGAUUUCGUGGUGUCUGAUGUUGUCCCCGUAGCGUGCCGUGCAGCGGCUGAUGCUGGCAUACGUUCUGUCUGUGUCACCAACUUCAGGUGACGUUUUUUAAUAUCCUACUUUCAGUUUUGGUGUGUCUUGUUUGGCCUCCUGAGGUCUUGAGCGUGUUGUAGUCCACGUUCACAACCUAGCUUUUGUUAUCAAAUGUUCAACUCCCCUGUUUUAAAAGAAAAUGUUUAUAGUGAAAAUAUAGUCACAAAUUGAUUUUCUCCGGUGAUCGAAUUGAAUAGCGCAAAUUGGUUUCAUGCUCA